AUGGGUAUCGUCGAAAAGAUCGAGGAGAUUGAGAAGGAGAUGGCGAGGACGCAGAAGAACAAAGCGACAGAAUAUCAUCUGGGUCUUCUGAAGGCUAAGCUUGCGAAAUACCGAGCUCAGCUUCUUGAGCCAGAGAAGAAAGGUCCUAAAGGAGAAGGUUUUGAUGUCAUGAAAUCAGGAGACGCACGAGUGUGUAUGAUAGGUUUCCCCUCGGUAGGAAAAUCAACGCUUUUGUCUAAAGUGACGAAAACGGAAUCGGUGGUAGGAGCUUAUGAGUUCACGACUCUGACGGCCAUUCCGGGUGUACUGGAGUACGAGGGUGCAAGAGUCCAAUUGCUCGAUUUACCUGGUAUCGUGCAGGAUGCGGCGAAAGGUAGAGGUAGAGGUAGACAGGUGGUAGCGGUUGCAAAGACUGCUGAUUUGAUCUUACUCAUGAUCGAUGCAACCAAAUCCGCAGAACAAAGAAAGAUGCUUGAAACUGAGUUGGAAGCUGUAGGAAUCAGGUUGAACACCAAACCUCCUGAUGUGGUAUUCAAGCAGAAGACUGCGGGAGGUAUCACUAUCAACAAUACUGUCAAACUCACGAAGACUGAUGAAAGGACUUUGCGGUCUAUUUUGCAGACUUACAAGAUACAUAAUUGUGAUGUGAUGGUUCGAGAAGAUAUAACAACGGACGAAUUUAUUGAUGUUCUCCUGGGCACAAGGAAAUACAUACCCGCUUUGACGGUGAUAAACAAGGUAGAUGGAGUAUCUAUGGAGACUCUAGAUUCUAUGGCACGAGAAGGUGAUGGUAGGACGAUCAUGAUAAGUUGUGAGAUUGAUUUAGGGUUGGACUGGUUGUUGGAAGCUAUAUGGGCGGAGCUGGGUAUGGUCAAGGUAUAUACUAAACGACGAGGUGAUCAACCUGAUUUGUCGGAUCCUAUCUGUCUGAGACAAGGCGCAACGAUAGAAGCUGUCUGUCAUGGAAUUCAUAGAGGAUUAGCAUCGCAUUUCAAAUAUGCGUUGGUAUGGGGUAAAUCAAGUAAAUUCAAUCCGCAGCCACAGAAAGUCGGAUUAUCCCAUCUGGUACAGGACGAGGAUGUGGUGAGCAUCUUCACCAAGUAG